GGUCGGCCGCAGUUCGAACCGGCCAACGCCCGCCCAACAACAAACCCGCAGGUGGAAGGAGACGCCCAAAAUCAAUCCCACCGAUCGCAGAUCAAUUAGGAUCCGACAUCAAUCCCACCCGUUACCGCCCCCCCGAGGGAAUCAAUCAUCCCCAAUUUUUCCCAUUUGCUCCUCUCAGUUCCGAAGUGAAUUAAUCAAUGGCAGACAAGCCAAGCAGAGCUCUGGUGAUCUACGGCGAUGGCUGUGCUUCUUCAGUCUCUCCAUCCCACUCCAACCUCCAUUCAUUUGCUUCUCUUGCUUCCUGCGGUUUCCUCUCUCUCAGAGAUGUCUCAGAGACCAGAAAUGACAGAGUGAUCAGUGAUUUAGCGCAACUUUUGGAUGCAUAUGACAUCUAUAAAUCAAAUAAUGAAAAACAUGGUGAAGCGGACGCUGAUGUCAAUCAAAAGGAGCUUCAACUGCAAAAUAUAACAGAGAGGUUUAUGGGUUUGAGAGCUGCUAUAUUCACUAAGUGCCCCAAUGUUAGGUCUUUUGCAAGUAAGCUUGGUUUCACCAUUCUCGAACUGAAUGAGUUAACUAAAGAAGACCCGGAUGAUGCUACAGCAGCAGCUAAAGUGCUACAGCUUCUAGGUUUUUCUGGAGGCAAUGUUCUAGAGAAGUGUGAGUUUGAUCUAGUCUUUUUGCACAUUAUAAAUAGUGCAAAGCCCAAAGACCAAAAAGAAAAACCAGUGAUCAGCAGAGAUGUUGAUUGGCUCAACAAGUUAGUUGGCAGAAUCAUGCAGACAGCUCAGCUUGGAUCAUCUAUUGCUUCUCGCUUACAUUUUUCUAUAGUAUUGAGCUUUCUUACUGUUUCCGAGGAUUUGGACCGCUACUCUUUGAAUGUGAACUCUUCAAUAGAAAAAAAUUCUGAUCUGUAUUUGCUUCGUCCUCGUCAAAGUUAUACCAUGAAAGGAGGAAAAAUAUUAAAUGACAUUAGGCAUCAUCAUCCAAUGUUAAUUGCACAAUGGCAGGAGGGAGUAACUCGCAAAGAUCUGUCUAAAGCAUUUUCAUUCAGAGAAUUUAAGGAGUAUGGAGUAAAUCUUGCCAUACUCGCAGACCGAUUUCUUCAUGAGGUGGCAUUUAAACUUUGGAAGGCACCAAAGUAUGGAGCUUGAAGUUCUUCUCAGGAUCUAAUUCCCCUGAGGCAACUAGUUUAAAUCACUGAACAUUGAUAUUUUUGUCUCUUCGGGGAAAGAAAGAUGAUGCAGGACUUGUUCAGAAGGGAAUAACCAUUAAUUGUAGGGAAUAAAGGGAACUUAUGUUUUGUUUCAUGUAGCUAUAAUGAAAUAAACACGGUACGUACAGUACUUGGACAUUAGGUGUCAGAAUAUCAAAAAUUUGAUAUUGUUCCUCUUGUCGUGACUAUCAUGGCAGUUGAAUGGAGUUCUCUACAACAGAUUUUUGAAGAUCUAAAAGAUUCUUCAGAUGAUAUAUAAUGUAAAUUUCCUUUAGCUGUCAAUUUGUUGGCAUGGUGAUAUAAACAGUGGCGAGCUGCACAAUUAUCAACAUUAUACCUGUGUUCUUUCAA